AUGCUGCUUCCUUAUUUUGCUUCUCUUAUCGGCUUGGGCUUCGCUGCCACUCAGCAAGUCCUCCGUCCCGAGAACACAGACGGGUUUCGGGUGUUCCAGAGUCAACACAGCGAUCACUCAAUCCGUAUUCGUCAACAAGAUGAAACAAUCUGUGCAGCGGGCUCAGCCCAGUAUACUGGCUGGCUAGAUAUCGGACCGAAGCACUUUUUCUUCUGGUACUUCGAAAGUCAGAACGAUCCCGUCAAUGACCCGUUAACCCUAUGGUUGACAGGUGGGCCCGGCGGGUCCAGCAUGAUCGGCCUCUUCGAAGAGUGCGGGCCCUGUCUCAUCAAUGAGUAUGGGAAUGGCACCAAAUACAAUCCUCACGGUUGGUCGCGGAACUCGUCCAUGCUAUUUGUCGAUCAGCCCGUGGAUGUCGGAUUCUCUUAUCUUGACGAGGGCUAUGACCUGCCCGGCGACUCUGCAACUGCCGCUGUUGAUAUGCAUCGAUUCUUGCAGCUUUUUGUCUCGGAAGUCUUCCCUCAACACCUGGAAAAUCCUUUCCAUUUGUCGGGUGAAUCUUAUGCGGGUAAGUACAUUCCAUUCCUCGGUGCCGAAAUUGUAAGACACAACAAGCUCUAUCCACAUGAGCCUCAGGUCCAGCUUCGAUCAUGUCUAGUGGGAGAUGGGUACAUGUCGCGGAAAGAUUCAACUUUUGGCUACUGGGAAACUCUGUGCACAACCAACCCGGGAGUUGCAGAGCCAAUUUUCAAUAAGACAAGAUGCGAUAUCAUGGCUGCCAAUAUGCCCCGGUGCAUGGAAGUCAUGGAUAUAUGCAUUAACAACCCCGACCCCGCCAUAUGCAUUGCUGCAGGGAACGUCUGCGAGGAGGGUAUUGUUGGUUGGUACGACAACGAGUCCGCGUUUAAAGGUGGCCGUAAUAGAUUCGAUAUCACCCAUACUUGCGAAUAUGACAAUUUAUGCUAUAUCCAAGCUGCACGAAUCGAGGAAUACCUGAACUCUGCGACUAUCUGGAAUGCGCUAUCCCCCCCGAAACACAUCAAGCAAUACAAUCUGACCUCCGGUGCAAUCUCCGACGCAUUUCAGAAGACUUCAGAUGGAGGAUUAUCAACCCAGGACCAAGUUGCGUAUUUGCUCCAGAACCAGGUCCACUAUCUAGCUUACCAAGGAAAUCUCGACCUUGCCUGCAACACUGCUGGUAACCUUCGGUGGGCAAAUAAUUUAGUUUGGAAGGGACAGGCUGAGUUUUCUUCCAAGUCGCUCAAGCCGUGGAAAUCGGUUCUUGCGAGUGGCAAGGAAGAGAUUGUCGGGACAAUGAAGGAGGUUUACGUUCGCACGAGCAAUACCGCAGAAAUCGAGUCGCGAUUUGCCAUUGUGACUGUUGACAACGCUGGUCAUUUUCUUCCUCAAGAUCGUCCCGAUGUUGCGCUGGAUUUAAUGACUCGGUGGAUUACAGGUGCAUCCUUUGAUUAG